CGGCGUAGUUACAUAUGUUCAGAAAUCAUGAACAGCGGUGCACUUUACGCGGUAAAAGACUGCGGUGUCUGUGCAAAGAAAAUGUGCAGAUCUCAAUGAAUAGCGGCUCGAGAACAUCCUCUUUGAAAGUCUCUUAGAAAUACGCGGAAAUGGCCGGGUUCCUGGCAAACAUCGCGAGGGCAACUGUAUCGUCCGUGCUGACAUGCCCCAGAGCGGUGAUCCAACAGGUCAAACCAUCCCCGCUGCUUUCCACCGCACUUGCCAUGGCAUCCGUGGACAUGCAGUGUGGUCGUACCCGUACCAUGCGGGCAUCACGCAGGAUCAGAGGCUACCCGCGUCCGUUACUCAAGAACAUUGUCCGACCCGAGCCGUGUAAAUACGGCUUCAUCCCCCUGUUGCCCAAAGACGGAAAGUAUACUACCGAGAAGCUUCCGAUUCGCAAGCUCGGAGGUCGACACCCGGAAACAGGCAGAGUUGUGGUGUCCACGAUUGGAGGAGGCAUGAAACGUUAUUUCCGCUGGGUCGACUACAAAAGGGUGGGUCCGGAGAGCGCAUCUGAGACACUAUUGCGAGAGAAGGUGUAUCAGGUAAGGUACGACCCCUGUCGAACGGCACGCAUCGCUCUGGUAGCCAACGGAGACCAGAAGCGCUGGGUGAUCGCAACACAGAACAUCAAGCCGGGUGAUACCAUCACCACGAGUGGCCAUAUUCCGAGGAUACCUGUUCGCCCUAAGGAAGGCGAUGCACACCCUCUUGGGGCUCUCCCUAUCGGUACCAUCGUGCACAACAUUGAGAAGUAUCCCAACGAAGGUGGAAGUUGGUGCCGGGCUGCAGGGGCGUCAGCGCAGAUUCUAAGGAAGGUUGACAAGCGUGUCAUUAUCCAAUUGCCUUCCAAAGUAGAGGUGUCCGUGAGCGAGAAGUGCAUGGCCGUUGUUGGGCAGGUGUCCAAUGCAGAUCGCAUGACCAAAUUCUAUCCCAUUGGGAGCCCCAGGAGAAUGCGCCGGUUGGGACAUAGGCCGAGGUCAGGCUUCUGGCAUCGAAAAGAUGGUUACUGCGGGCGCAAGAUCAGGCCACUGCCCCCGGUCAAGGUGUUUCCACUGAAGAAGCCUGCAAGAGAAGCCUACAACCUCGCAGCUCUUGACUAGACUCGUAUAUUUCAUGGUUAGUUUUUACAUGUUGAAAAAUAAAAAUCUGGUCCUCGCAAAGAC